AUGGAGAAAUAUAAGCAUCUUCUCCGAGAAAGAGAGGAAGAGUUGGGUCGGGCGGCUGUUCUUGCCAACCUUCGUCCCGAGCUCGAUGCGGCCAAGGACGAAAAUCGUCGUUUGAAGAGCGAAUUGGUCGCCAUGACCGAUUAUAACCGAAGCCUCGAGACUGAGAAGAUUGGCCUUAGCCGAGACAAAGCCCAUUUUUCGUCGAGGCUGGACGAGCUGGAGACCACCGUAUCCCAACUCCGGGGGGAACUGGAUUUGGUGAAGGCCGAUGCAGUGGGCCUAGCCGAGAGGAACCGGCUACUGGAAUCUGACACCGCCCUGUAUAAAGAACGUAUGGGAGUUUUUGAAGGGAAAGCCGAGGAGCGGUCUCGGAUAUGUGAGGGCUUGAAAGCCGAGCUGGAGGAGGCGGUGAGCGCCAACGAUGUUCUUAAGGCUGAGCUAGAAGCUGCUGUUCACAUGAGGAAUAUUGCUGUGGCGAACCGAGCCGAGCUGGAGACUAAGUCAGCUAAAGCCGAGGCUGAUUUAGAAGAAGCCUGGAAAGGCGUGGAGGCGGCCGAGGCUCAUACUGCCAUCGUCGCCGAGUACGAGAAGUGGAAGUCUCGACGGCUCACCCUCGAAGAAGCCGAGCACGGAUUCUCCGAUCUUCCGGCCCUGAUAAAGCAGGCCAAAGGAAUGGAGGAGGAGGCAAACCACGCCCUCGGGUCCGAUUCAGACGAUUCCGAGAGAACCGAGUCCGAUCAUUCUGUCUCCAGUCAUCUAACAUAG